UGGCCGCGACUGGCGGUCACUGGCAAAAGCGAAACGUCCAAGUCAACCAACGAGGCAACGACGCGGGCAAAGCGGCAUAGGGGAAGCGAGAAGCCCAACCACCGAGCCCUCGCCUCAAAAUCCAGCUGCCACGCCGAGCCCAAGCUCCCAAUCGCCAUGAAGCCGGCGGCGCGGCGGCCGCUGCUGCUGUGCGCGCUGGCGGCGGCGGCGGCGCUCUCCAUCCUGCUGGUCGCGCCGCCGCCUCUCGCCGCGCACCUAUCAUCACUGCUCCUCGCCUUCCCGGCGUCGCCCUACGCGGGCGGGCCCAAGCUGGUGGUCCUCCUCGCCGGCCAGUCCAAUAUGGCAGGCCGCGGCCUCGCGCCGUCGCUGCUCCCGCCGCAGUUUCGCCCGCACCCGCGCGUGCUCCGCCUCGCCGCGUCCCGCCGCUGGGUCGUCGCCGCCCCGCCGCUCCACGCCGACAUCGACACCCACAAGGCGUGCGGUCUCGGUCCCGCCAUGCCCUUCGCCCACCGUCUCCUCCACGCUGCCUCCCCGGACCUCGUCCUGGGCCUCGUGCCCUGCGCCGUCGGCGGCACCAGGAUCUGGAUGUGGGCCAAGGGGGAGCCUCUCUACGAGGCCGCCGUCGCCCGGGGGCGCGCCGCUGUUGCCGCCGGCGGAGGCACCCUCGGCGCCGUGCUCUGGUUCCAGGGGGAGAGCGACACCAUCGAGCUCGACGACGCCACGGCCUACGGCGGCAGGAUGGAGCGCCUCGUCAACGAUUUCAGGGCUGAUCUCGGCAUGCCGAAUCUGCUCGUCAUACAGGUUGGUCUUGCAUCAGGAGAGGGGAAUUACACUGAUAUCGUCAGGGAGGCUCAGAGAAACAUCAAGCUUCCUAACGUAGUUCUUGUAGACGCGAUAGGAUUGCCCCUCCGCGACGACCAACUACACCUCUCCACAGAAGCCCAACUCCGGCUGGGUGACAUGCUCGGACAAGCCUUUUUGAAAUUUAACUCGUCCAUGGAUUCGAGACAAUGACAUCGAUAUUAUACCGGUACUGGACCUGUUGUUGGGUGUAGAGCUAAAUGACAAAUACCAUUCUUUUGGAAUGUUCCAUUGUAAAGUGUAGAGCAUUGUACAAGAGGAGUGAGUUCUGUCCA